AAUACUUCCAAAGCUAUCACAACAAUCAAUCCAGCGCAACUGGCUCUCAGGAACCUUGUGUCCAGUUCCCCACUCAGACAACCUCGAUGUGUUUAUGGACCCAGCGCAAAACCUGAUCGCUGUCGCCUAUGUUGUUGAUCACGAGACGAUCUAUAUUAACCUCAGAGCCCUGGAUAAUGAUGAUACCCACCCUCGGGCUGCUGGAGAGAGACUGUUUCUGUCGGACAACCGCCCUGAAACAUGAAGAGCAAAGCUCAAAAGUUUUGGGAGGCAUAUCGGUUUGUGGCGUCGAUUGGGUGCUGAUGCUGAUGCUGACGAUGAUGAAAAUUGGACUCCAAUGGACAAGUGGCAGCUACAGAUUUGGGACUGGCAACACUCGGCGACGUCCAAUCGGCACUGUAUCCAGCCAUUACGAUGUUGGAGUCGAAUUUUGUUCCCUCGGGAACACUCGAUUGCUGGUUAUAACCGAUAACUUGAAGCUCUAUUCAAUCGAGGACAUGUCCCAGGCGCCGGAUCUGCUGGCGUGUUUCCUGAUGCCUGUCUCAUUGAUGCUACGGUGCUUCCCGGGCCUUCCGGUAGAUGAUAUCGGCCAUAGCUCACAACCGCAGAUACAAGCCCAACGGAUGAUGUACACAUCAGACCCCGCACAUAGACUCCUAUGCCUUACUGCGUUCUCUUCUCAUACCGACGGUACUCAAGUCUUCAUCAUUUCCACGAGGAUUUUCUUCAACCUUGACGGAAUGGCAGCAUCGGGGCUCUUCCAAUGCUCGUAUUUUCUGGCACCCAUAUGAUGCUAAAGUUGACAUUAGCGGGAAUCGAGUCUUGCAAGCACUCCCUGUCGGCACACGAGACUCGGAGUCUGUUACAUUUGAUGGACUUCAGCCCGUUAGCUGUGACGAACAGGCGAGGUCUAGGAUGAGCGGUGAAGGAGCUGUCCACGGUAUAUAUCAGUGAUUCCACCGGCAGAUCUGGAGAGAGCUUGACGACAUCCCUACCUUACGUCCAGCUUGUAUAUUUCGGACAGAAAGUUCGAUUCCGACAAUUCAAAGUUAGGUCACACGGUUCGACGAGGAUAAAAUUUAUAUGGUCAACACAAAUUUGAGACCCCUAACGUUCCAUGGCGAUACGAUUUUCAUAAAGUGACUUAUUGGUCAUU